CUGUAGCCCCUCUCAGGCCGCGGUGGGGAGCAUUCUCACCCCGCUGUCUCCGUUUAGCGGACGGGGCUCCCAGUGUCAGUGAGAACCGGAGGGAGAGGGAGGAGGAGAGAUGAACGGUAACCCGUGUGCCCGCAGGCUGGCCAGGCGCUCCCGGUCCGCUCUGCUGGUCGCCGCUCUGGCCGUCCUGCUGGUCCAGACACUCAUUGUGUGGAACUUCAGCAACCUGGACUCUGGAGGCGGGGACGAAGGCGCCAGGGGUCGGGAGAAGAGAGAGGACCGGAGCGGGGGGCUCAACAAAGCUGACAAGGAGUCCCCGCGGAAGGGGCUGGAGAAGAAGGGCGACCCGCCGCCGCUGCACGGAAAAGCGGCCGUCCGGCACAAGCUGCAGGCGGAUGUGUACCACUCCCACCGCCCCAAAGAGAAACUCCAUCCAGACAGCAACAAUAACGAGAACUCGGUCCCCAAAGACUUCGACUCCAUCGACAGCAACAGCAACUUGGGAGCACAAUCCCAACGCCAGCGACUUCCUGCUGCAAACGCCAAGCGCAAGCUAGACAAGGUCCCGAGCAUGCUGGGAAAUGACAUCCUCAAAUACCCCAACCCCCAACCCAGAGGCCACAGUUACAACCGCACCCACAUCCGUAAGGCACACCCCCAGCUGCCAACCCUCCCUGCACCUGCCCAGGGGUCCAAUCAGGAUCCUCCAUUCUACCAGACGAGGAGGCCAGCCUCGCCUCAGCUGCCCUCCGGCCCGGAGCCGAGGAAGGAACAGCCGCAGUGCGAGAUCAGUGGGAAAGAGGCCAUCUCAGCUCUGUCCAGAGCCAAGAGCCGGGAAUGCCGGCAGCAGAUCGUGGAGGUGUACUGCAAGCACAAAGACAAGGCGCUGAUGCCCGAGAAAGUUCCUCGUUUCUGCCCCAUAGAAGGUAAAGCCAACGUAAACGCACAGUGGGAUGAGGGCACAGCCUCUGACGCCGCUCAGCCCAUACGCAUCGCCUUCGUCCUGGUCGUCCACGGCAGAGCCUCAAGGCAGUUCCAGCGGCUCUUCAAGGCCAUUUACCACACCUCACACUACUACUACAUCCACGUAGACCAGAGGUCCGAUUACCUCCACAGAGAGGUGCUGUCUCUGACCAGCCAGUAUCCAAACGUGCGGGUGACUCCCUGGAGGAUGGCCACCAUCUGGGGCGGAGCCAGCCUCUUGACCAUGUACCUGCACAGCAUGGAGGACCUGCUCAAAAUGGCCGACUGGUCCUGGGACUUCUUCAUCAAUCUCAGCGCUGCUGACUACCCCAUCAGGACCAAUGAGCAACUGGUGUCCUUCCUGUCCAAAUAUCGCAACAUGAACUUCAUCAAAUCUCACGGCAGAGACAACGCUCGUUUCAUCCGUAAACAGGGUCUGGACCGUCUCUUCUACGAGUGUGACACCCACAUGUGGCGACUCGGUGAUCGCAAGAUCCCCGAGGGCAUCGCCGUGGAUGGAGGCUCUGAUUGGUUCCUGCUCAACCGGCCGUUUGUGGAUUACGUGGUCAACUCCAGGGAUGAGCUGGUCGUCAGCAUGAAACGCUUCUACACAUACACGCUGCUGCCCGCCGAGUCGUUUUUCCACACUGUGCUGGAGAACAGCGUCCACUGUGAGACCAUGGUGGACAACAACCUGCGGCUCACCAACUGGAAUCGUAAACUGGGAUGUAAAUGCCAGUACAAGCACAUCGUGGACUGGUGCGGCUGCUCGCCAAACGACUUCAAACCCUCGGACCUGCCGCGCUUCCAGCAAGCAUCUCGUCCCACCUUCUUCGCCCGGAAGUUUGAGGCCAGCGUCAGCCAGGAGAUCAUCAGCCAGCUUGACGCCUUCUUGUUUGGGGCGUACGCCUCCGGGACCCCAGGUCUCCAGGCCUACUGGGAGAACAUCUUUGAACAGGAGACAGACGGACUGGGCAGCCUGUCGGACUCCUCGCUCAGCCACUACCAUGUCUUCACUCGCAUGGGACUGUCCCGCGCCGCCGCCUCGCUGCAGGGACAUCCUAACGACAACAGCUGCAGGUACAUGACCAUGAGCCACCCAGUGUCAGUGCACCUCUACUUCUUGUCGGAUCAGUUCCAGGGCUACCUGGUGCGUCAUGUGGCCACUAACCGAGCAUCCACCCAGCUGGAGAACCUGGAGACGUGGGUGACACCCAGAGAUCACUUCACCCUAGCCAACUCGCUCCACGCCAGCAACAGGCUCCAGCACAUCCAGGUUGGGUCAGACUGGGAUCCGAAGGAGCGUCUCUUCAGGAACUGGGGGUGCCUGCUGGGGCCCGAGGACGAGCCAGUGGCUGUGCAGCGCUGGAGCCGAAGCCAGAACAACCUGACUGCCACCGUGGUAUGGAUCGACCCCACCAAUGUCAUCGCAGCCACCUACGACAUCCUGGUGGAUGCCUCUGCUGAGGUCACUCACUACCGGCCACCGCUCACCUCCCCGCUAAGGCCGGGCGUCUGGACGCUGAGGGUCCUGCACCACUGGAGCCUGCUGGGUCAGACCAGCUUUAUCGUAGCCCCUCUGGAGUUUCACCGUCAGCAGCCCAUUCAGAAAGAGGACACUCUGCGGCUUCAUGGUGGUCCGGCCAGGAACUCCUACAUGGAACAGAGCUUCCACGGCCUGAACCCGGUGCUCCGGCUGCCGGUGAGCCUGGGUGCCGUGGAGGAGGCUGAGGCCAACGCCGGACUGACAGGAGCACCGCUUCGCCGCUGGCUGGAUGGACUCCUGGAGGGCCACUGGUCCGCCUCGGACGUCUGCUCAGUGGGCCCCAGCGCCUGUCCCGUCAUGCAGCGCUGCCACCUCGCUCCGUGGAGCUCCGCCAGCCCCGACCCCAAAUCCGAACUGACCCUGCCCAAGCAGGACGGACGGAUCAGGUAGCAGGCGGAAAGGCUGGGGGAGGAGGAAUGGACAGAUGGGCAGAAAUGAAGGAAGACCUGUUUGUGUCUGAUAUUUAUUUAUUUAAAGUUUCAGGGGUAAAUAGAAGACUCAAAACUGAGGAAAAUAUUCUCUCCCAGUCACUUGGGUUUGGGAGGAAAGCCCAAGUGUGUGCUGACGAAUGAAUGAAUGUGAGAUGAUGAACUCAGUACCUCUCAUUGUUGAAUGUGUCCCUGGUGAAGGGGGGCUUUAAAUGCUCACAAUGGCUGUGUUGCUCAUCUUUUGAGCCCAUUUUGGGCCUAUUGUUUUCAAAAGGUUUCCAGAUUUAUUCAUUUCUAGCAAAUCUGCCUCACCAUGUCUUUGAAGUUUGAAAAUAUUCAAAUGUCAUUCAUUUAAAGUCACUUUAUUCUCAAAUUUCCUAAAUUAAAAUCCAUUUAGAUUGUGAUGGCAAAUUAAGUUGGUAGCUGGAACAAACACUGAGCAGUGACAUGACAUGAAAACCCCAAAUUCACUAAAAGAUUAGACUUUUUUUAUACCUGAUAAGCUACUCUUUAAGAAUUUGAUGGACUAAAUAUUAACAUGUUUCUAGAAUGCAACACUUCAAGUGUCAUUUUAUUGUACAUUCCCAGCUCCAGAAAUAAUUUCCACAUCUCAUCAAGUCAUAUUUUAUUCCCAGUAGAAGAUAAACAACAUAUCAGAUG